CAUGGGUGUAAAACCAAUAACAUGACGACAUGUUGCACACGUGCGAGUUCCUGAUGUAGCAAGGAAGGCGGGCGCACGGCUUACAAUUCGAACAGAUUGCAUGCUGUUGAUACCCCCUGCGCAGGUGGCAUUGUGGGCAUGGGACAUUGUAGUGGACAAUUGUGCCAUUUGCCGUAAUCACAUCAUGGACCUUUGCAUUGAGUGCCAGGCAAAUCAGGGCUCGCAUACAAGCGAGGAGUGCACAGUCGCUUGGGGGGUUUGCAACCAUGCGUUCCACUUCCACUGCAUCUCGCGAUGGCUGAAGACACGCCAGGUGUGUCCACUGGACAACGGAGAGUGGGAGUUCCAGAAGUAUGGCAGGUGAUGCAAGGGAUCAGUAAAUUCGGAGCUCCAGCAUUGUGCAGUGGAUGCGCGGAGACGGUGAACGGAGCUUAGUCGGCAGAGAUGAGGAUAGGCAGCUAAUCCGGCUGCAAUGCCCGGGCCAUGCCGGGCCGGAUGAAGCAGAGCGUUUUGGUUAUCACCUGUGCCUAAGUGUGUCAUUCAGCUUUGAGGCCACUCCAGAGCGAGGUAGCACUUGCUGGCUCCUGCACAACGGGAAU